AUGAAUUUACCUCUUCAGGAAAUACAAGAGGAAUACGACCACACGAAUGUUCAAAUGUACAUGCAUUUGCAACGUGAAUUGACCACAAUUCAAUUUGACGACCCCUACCGCUACAAAACCGUAUCGAUCACUUAUAAGAAUUUAAUGCAAAUUACGUACUUCUUGGACAUGAAUUCAACCGUGUUGCGGUACUCAAAUUACAAAGAUUUCCAUCCGUCCAAUUGGUUUUUCGACAGUAUAGAAUUGACCGACGACAAAAUCGGCAAUUUCCAAUGGGAUACAUUGCCGUACAAACAAAACCAUUCAAACUGGAACAACGUGAUGCAAGAGUUUAAAGACUUCAUACAAUUCAAUAGCAACGAAAACGAAACGUUGUUUUCCAAAUGCAAAGGAUAG